GCACUCAAACACGUCCUUCUCUGACUUAUACAAGGGAGCGCUCAGACUGAAAUUGUCAGAAAAGCUUGUCACUCCCUCCAGGAGCUCACCUGGUCUCACCAUGUUCAUCCACUCUGAACUGCUGAUUCUACUUGCGCUGACUCUUGGUGGUCAAGUUCGUACAGGAAAGAUCAUCGGCGGACAGAAAGCUGCUGCACAUAGCAGGCCAUACAUGGUUCUGUUGAAGACAGAAAUGGACGAUGGCACCACCAAACACUGCGGUGGCUUCCUUCUGAACGAGGAUUUUGUCAUGACUGCAGCCCACUGCCAAGCCAGAUCUUACACUGUGUUACUAGGAGUUCACAAUGUAAAACAUAAAGAUGAAAUACAGCGUAUAAAUGUGGAUAAAGCAUUUCCUCACAAAGACUACAACGCAACUAAUUACAAAAACGAUAUCAUGCUUCUUAAGUUGAGCUCCAAGGCAAAUUUCUGCGAAAAUGUGAGACCCAUUGCUCUUCCAAGCCAACAUGAAGCCUCUCUGCCAAAAUCAUGUUCGGUCUCCGGCUGGGGGAGAACAGAAAAGACCAACAAAUAUAUGUCUGUAGUACUCAUGGAAGUCAAUGUUGAACUCACUGACAAUGAGCUGUGUGCUAAGGACAACUUGUACUGCUCCGAGGGAGAGAUUGGACCGGGUGAGGGAGACUCUGGUGGUCCGCUGGUGUGCGAAGAUGAGAAGGCAUACGGGGUGGUGUCCCACAAAUUCAAACCAGACUCAGGAGGCCAACAAAUCGAUUGUUACGUCAAGAUUGCUGAUUACAGCAGGUGGAUCUAUUUGACCAUGACUAAAGCCUGAAAAAGCUCUCAUACAAUUGGGGCUGAAUUGAUGAAAUCACAACAUUUGUAUUUACUGUUUGCAUGACAUUUAAUGGGUCCUAUCUAAGACGCUUGUAACGUAUUCAAUAGCAAUGAGACUGAUGGACCAAAGUCUGAACUUGCUUGCUUUAGACAGAUUUAAUGACAUUGUGCUCCACUUUGAUGUUUCCAAAUUAUAAUGUAACCUUUUGUAUGGCAAGUGUAGUCACAUCAAGGUUAAAUAUGAAAUAUUUUGACUUUUAUGGUACAGCUUAUUUUCUGCUGAUGGGGCCACAAACCUGAUCUGUUAAACAUAGAUUAUUUAAGCUAUGUUCAAAUUAAACCAAGCACAUAAAGUUUUUUUCAUGGAUAAACUGAUACGUUUAGACAUAAUGUACUUAAAUAAAUGUUGUUGGUUUGUAUUAACCAUUGUAUAUUAUCCUGCUUUUAAAUACAUUAACAAUAAAUUCAUCAUCAAAGAGGA